UCGCCCCAAGUAAUAUUCCUUUGGAAUCAAAAGAACCGUUUCUUCUUCUUCUUCUUCUUUUUUUUUUUUGGGUUUUCUUUUUCGGGGUUAGGUUUUAGCGAUGGUGUUCACUAUAAAUACCCACGUCUUACUAGUUGUAGAAUCCACGCCAAGAAUUGAUUUCGGUAGAGCUGCGAGACACACGAUAGGGUUUGUUCUUCUGGGCCAUUGAGAUUUUCUUAACAAUGUCUAGAAUUGUGGUGGUUUUCGACUUCGACAAGACCAUUGUUGACUGCGAUAGUGACAAUUGGGUCGUCGACGAGCUCGGUGCCACCGACUUGUUCAAUCAGCUUCUUCCCACCAUGCCUUGGAACUCUCUCAUGGAUAGGAUGAUGAUGGAGCUUCAUUCACAAGGAAUAACCAUUGAGGAAAUUGAAGAGGUUCUGAAGAGGAUUCCUAAACAUCCCAGAGUUGUUCCUGCCAUUAAAGCAGCUCAUGCUUUAGGGUGUGAUUUAAGGGUUGUAAGUGAUGCAAAUAUGUUCUUCAUUGAAACAAUUUUGAAGCAUUUGGGAAUAAAGGAGUGCUUCUCUGAGAUUAACAGUAAUCCUGGCUAUGUUAAUGAAGAGGGAAGGUUGAGGAUUUUGCCUUAUCAUGACUUCAACAAAGCUCCCCAUGGCUGCACUCUCUGCCCUCCAAACAUGUGCAAGGGUCUGAUCAUAGAGAGGAUUCAAGAUUCAAUAUCCCCUGGAGAAAGCAAGAGGUUCAUCUAUCUUGGUGAUGGAAGUGGGGACUACUGUCCAAGUUUGAGGCUGAAAGAGAGAGACUUUGUGAUGCCAAGGAAGAACUUUCCCUUGUGGGACUUGAUAUGCAAAGACCAUUUGCUUGUGAAGGCUGAGAUCCAUGAUUGGAGUGACGGGGAAGAGCUUGAGAGGGUUUUGAUUCAGUUGAUCAACAAGAUCUCCAAGGAAGAAAAAGCAUCUCAGCUCAUCUCACCUGAUUGCAAGUUGCAGACUCUGUCUGUGUAUGUUCAUGAGGCUCUGCCUCAAUCUCUCCUCCGAGUUCAGCAGUAAUGGCUGAUUCAAUAAUGAAUUAACAUCUUUGAAAAUGUAACACAAUUCAAAGAGUCCUUUAAAAAAAAAAAACACUAAAUCAGGUUUAACUGAUGUGUCUAGUGGUGUAACUGGUCCAAGAAGGACUGUAGUUAUAGCGUGCAAUAAUUAAAAGAAAUUACAGAAUUCCUGAUUCAGAAAGGAGCGUGGACAAUUGUGAGAUUCUUCUCUUCAUCUCUGCCAAUCUGCCAUACAAUUGUUUUUUCUUGUUUGGCAUUUUUGAAGAGUGUGGUGUGAGAAGGGUUAUCAUCAACGGGGUCAAGUGAGAUGACUCUGUUUUUCUUGUUGCCCCUGAUAUGAAGUAUAAAAAAUGAUUAAAUGAAGUUAAUCAUUUCCUCUCUAAA